AUGGCGAAGUCGCUUGAGGGCUUGGCAGCUGAUGUUGAGAUGCAUUCGCAAAUGGCGCAUAGUGCGCUGGAUGCGCUUCAGGUGGUGGACAGUUGGUAUAGUCUGGGAUUAUUCCCUGCUGCUGAAGCUGUUGUUCCUUCUCACUCAGUGCAUAUGAUUGCUGUUGCUGUCUCGGAUCUCUAA